AAGCAACGGUGUAAACAUGGGUGGCAAAUUCUCAAACCAGGUCGCAGCCAGCUUCGAGUGGCUACUCUAAUCACUGAGGGGACUGGCUGCUUUUACGCGGCUCCCCUCAGACCUUGAGGGGAUGCCUAGCCCUAUAGUUGGGACGUGGCACGCUAACGGUUUCUAUGGCAACUUCAGAAGCAAAUGCAGGAGUGACUACACCCAAGAGUUCCGAAAAGCAGCCCAGCCACCACCUCCUGAUGUCUUCCUGAAGAGAAUGAAGGAAACGCCUUCUAAGCACAUAUUCUCCAAGAUUGACAACAAGCAUUCCUUCCCAUUAUCGGCUACAUAUUUUGACUGUGGCUUAGGAAGGAAGAGAAUAGAUGGGAGCCUUCCUGACACACAUACCUUAAUGGACUGGAUCCCCCUGAAGGAGGAGUUACAACGCCAGAGGCCCCUUAUGUCAAGCUACCAGUUUGACUUCCGUUCCAGAGAGAAGAUUCCUCAGAUAUUGGUCCAUCACACUUGCAUGCAAGCACAGCCCCUCCUACGCACCCCCAGCACCACCUACCAGCGCACAUAUCGGAGCCACCCUUUGAGCGAACCCAGCCUUGGGGUAGUCCAACAGCAGGACGUGACCAAAGAGACCAAGACUCAGGCAACCAAGUCAGCGGCUUCUGCUUCCAGUGAGACCACGGCUCCUCCCUCUGGCAAAUCAGCUGCUGCUCCCACCACCGGUGAGCCCUCCACUUCAGCCUCCAAGGAGCCCACUGCAACAGAAGCCAAAACAGUGGCAGAAGCCCUUGUCGCAAGAUCCUUCCAUGGGCGGCCAAUGUCCUCCCAGCGACCCAAGUGGACAGUCUCCGACUGUUUGCACUGGCACAAUUGCUGACUGUAUGUCAUAUUUCCUGUUUCUGUGUGGGGGAAAUUAAAUGCUCCUUUGUACUUGAUUAAGGUUCAGAAACGAUUAAAACCUUGCUGGACUGCGUAA